CUGCUGCUGCUGCACGGCUACCGCUUGAUGUUGGCAGGAACGGUAUUGUUCUUGGUAUUCUUAUGAUUGUGUUUGUUGUUAUUAUUAUUAUACUUCCUCAAUUGAGUAUGUCAUAACACACGUUCUCAUUUGGUUCGAACCCUCUCUCUAAUUGGAAUCGGUGGUUUUUCCCCAUUCCUAAAGCUAUCGCAACACCUGUGAUACCCGCCCUCUUUGACCGCGACAAACACCUCGCAUACCAACAACGCCAAUGGCCUACCCUUCCGAGAUACGCAUCAAAAGUAGAUCUACACUUAUAGCUCACCGGACGGAGUUUUAAAAACCCUCCCGCUUCCUUUCGCAAUUCUCUCGCCCCUUUCCCUCGCAAACACUCCAUGGCGCCUCCCAACAUUGCCCCGUCGCACACGAAACCGUCCGCGAACCGUAACGUGAAACACGUCGUGCUAGGUGACCUCCUUUUUCAGACCUGGUACCAGUCCAUUUACCCAGAAGACCUUGUGAGCAAGGAUACGGAUCGGCUAUACGUCUGUCGCUGGUGUUUCCGGUACUCGUGCGACAUAGACGCCUACGCGAAACAUACCCGGGUUUGCGAAAAUCGAACGACACCUCCGGGGACAAAGGUCUACGAUCAUGGCGGGUACGCGGUAUGGGAGGUAGACGGUGAGGACCAUAAACUAUUUGCGCAGAACCUCUCUCUGUUCGCGAAACUAUUCCUCGAUCAUAAGUCGGUGUUUUUCGAUGUCGCGUCCUUUCUCUACUACCUCCUCACGUUCACGGACCCCGACGAUCCGGAGAAUUACUAUAUCCUGGGGUUCUUCUCGAAAGAGAAGCUCUCGUGGGAUACGAAUAACCUUGCUUGCAUUCUGAUCUUCCCUCCGUAUCAGCAUAAGCAGCUAGGCAAGUUGUUGAUGGGUGUGAGCUAUAAACUGAGUGAUUGGGAAAAGGAUGGAAGCUUGAUAGGUGGGCCGGAAAAACCACUAAGUGAGAUGGGACGAAAGAGUUACAGUCGGUUCUGGGAGGAACGAAUUGCUCGAUAUUUACUCGUACGUAGCUCUGAUCCUGCAGACGUAGAGGAUUCGUCACAGCAGAAGCCAAAGCCGUCCAAGAGCUCUCGGAAAAAGCACACCCAUGAAGUUAUGACAGUACAAGAUAUAGGAUUGGCCACCGGGAUGUUAACGGAAGACGUCAUCACAGCUCUCAAAGGCAUGGGAGUUGUUGAACCUACAACUCCGACGAAAAAGCGUAAGGCGAACCAAGAUGCUGGCGAACCUGACGACAGCGAAACAGUGAUGAUACGAAAAUCGGAUGUGCUUGAAUGGGCAAAAGCCCAUCAUGUUACUUUACAAGAUCCUGUUAGAGAUGAGGGCUUUCUUGGAAGAUGGGCACCACGCGACACACCGGAAAUCAGCGGUUCAGAAAGUGGUGAGGGUGAUGAGUAAAUGUAUAGACUAAUUUCGGCGACGCCAGAUCUGGCCACCAGUAUGUAUCAGUAUAUGAUGAUAGAACUUGAUGAACUCUGUUAAACCGAGCUAGAUGAAUG